CACACCCCAGUGUCCAGCGCUCAUUGACGCUCGCCAUGUCCGCGUCCGCUGAAAAGGCCAUGCGUGUGGCCGAACAUGGCCGCCACAUCUUCAUCUACUCCAACAUCCGCACCAACCAGGUCAUCUACUCCCUCAACCGCUCUCUCAACAACCACUCGUCUUUGCAGCAGCUAGUCUACGCCGGCAAGAAAACCGUCCCCGCAAGCUUGCGCAAGGACGUAUGGCGCCCCUUGGCGACCGUCACCUUCCCAAGCCCUACGCAGGGCAUGACCGCUUACAAUCUCCUGUUGCAAUUCCGGAAGCUCCAUGAAAUGCACUGGGACACCGGCGAGUACCCUAUGCUGCCGCCCGAUGUCCAGAAGAAGCUCAAGGAGACUGGCAAUCUGCCCACGCGCAAAGAGCGAGCAAAGGUCAUCAUGGAUCAGAAGGCAAAUACCGUCGCGGAUUUGGCUGCUGUGCUGGAAAAGCAGAACCAAGUGGGCGAGAAGCAGAGAGCGGAACUUGAGCGGAAAAGUGAAUCUGCCGCGAAGCUGGAGGCGGAGUUCAUGAAGCGUCUGGAAAUGAAGGCUGCAGCACUCGGAAAAGCUGAGGGGUUUGAGAGCGCCGCGAGCGAGCUCGAGUCGAUGGACCCCCUGGACAGGCUCCCAGAUGGCAAGAGAAAAGCGCGGAUAACAGAGAUUAACCGUCUCAAGAAGAUUGCGAACUCUUACAGGCUGGCGGCUAGGCAACUGGAGCGAAUACGCGCCGGGGAAGUGACCGCCAGAGAGCUUUUGGACCAGAGACUCAAAGGGCCAGUCCCAAAGAAAGGUUGGCGGCGGAAGCUGAUGCUUCGUGAUGAGAGCAAAUUGGUGCCCUUCACGAGCGAGGGCGUCAGCGUCAGCUGGGCGGAUAUCCUGGACGCGCAAUACGCCGAGAGCUGGCCGUCUGGAGUGUUGCACGGUGUGCUGGAUCAGUCGAGGCACACAGCACCCAAGCCGCAGCAGAUUCUCCCGAAGCACGAGAUAGCGGCAAUUGAAGAGGCAACAACCGAGGAGGCAGCAACAGUGGAGGCAGCAACAGAGGAGGCAGCAAUCGAGGCCGCAGCAGCAGACGAGGAGGCAGCGCCUAAGCAGGCAAGCCAAGAGGCGCGUUAGGAGCAGAUAGCACGAUGAGUAAAAUACUAUAAAACAUGUUAUAGCUAGAA